AUGGUUGCUGACACCACCUACUACGAUGCCCUCGGUGUGCCGCCCACAGCCACUGAACUCGAGAUCAAGAAAGCCUAUCGAAAGCUCGCCAUCGUCACUCACCCUGACAAAAAUCCUGGCGAUGAAACCGCACAUGAACGCUUCCAGGCAAUCGGCGAGGCUUACCAGGUUUUGAGCAAUGAAGAGCUGCGAAAGCGCUAUGAUAAGUUUGGCAAAGAAGAUGCGGUCCCCGGUGGUGGUUUUGAGGACCCGGCCGAAUUCUUCAGCAUGAUCUUUGGUGGCGAGGCUUUUGUGGACCUUAUUGGCGAAAUAUCUCUUAUGAAAGAUCUGACCGCGACGAUGGAUAUCACGAUGCAACAGAUGGAGGAGGAGGAACUGGCCGAGUCCGCCGAGCAGAAACUCCAUGUCCAUGAUGAAGAGAUGAAGGGUGCCGAGGCGGAUGCUGCCCCGGCUACUGAAUCGCACGCUGCCGCGGCAGCCUCCUCGGGCACUUCGGAGAAAGCUCAUAAGCCGCCGGAGACGUCGCCCCAAGGCUCAGACACCAGUACGCCUCGACGGAAUUUCGGUCAACAAACCUUGAUGGACAGAUCCGAGGAGGAAGCGCGGAUGGAGGCAGCUGGCCUGUCACAAGAGGAGAAGGAGCUGCGCAAGAAAGAAAAGAAGAAGGGCUUGUCGAAGGAGCAGCAGGAGCGCCUGGUCGCAUUCGAGGAGGAACGGAAGAAGGCCCGGGAGGAACGGGUCAACACGUUGGCAAACAAGCUGAUCGACCGACUCAGUGUGUGGACGGAGACGGACAAAAACAAGGAUGUUACGCACGCAUUCGAGGAAAAAAUCCGACUCGAAGUGGAGAAUCUGAAGAUGGAGUCGUUUGGCUUGGAGAUUCUACAUGCCGUCGGCGCGACCUAUGUGCAGAAAGGCACAUCGUUUCUCAAAUCCCAGAAGUUCCUCGGUAUCUCGGGCUUCUUUUCGCGGCUCAAGGACAAGGGCACACUGGCGAAGGAGACAUGGACAACCAUCUCUACGGCUAUCGAUGCGCAGAUGACCAUGGAAGAGAUGGCCAAGCUGGAAGAGCGUGGUGGCGAGGAUUGGACGGAUGAAAAGAAGGCCGAGUACGAGAAGAAGGUCACAGGCAAGAUUCUGGCGGCGGCAUGGCGUGGAAGCAAAUUUGAGAUCCAAAGCGUCCUGCGUGAGGUUUGCGACCAGAUCCUGAGCGACAAGCGCAUCCGGCUUGAGAAGCGGGUUGAGCGUGCCCACGCACUGGUCAUUGCGGGCAACAUCUAUGCCAAGGCCGAACGUGAUCCCGAGGAAGAAGGUGACUACAUGGCCUUUGAACAGCUCAUGGCUGAGGCCAUGACCAAGAAGGGCAAGGAUGACAAGAAAAAGAAGAAGGAAAAGCCUAAGCAUGGCCACAGCUCCAGUGAAGAUGUCCCGGAGCCGGAGGAAAAGACCUCGGCGUGA